UAAAAGACAUGUCGUCUUAUGAAAAAGCGAUAAGUAAUGUCGCUUCCUCUUCGAUGGCUGAGGGCCGAGGUUAUGAAGAAGGGAGGAAGAAGAAAUCGAUUCGAGUUUCUCUGCUGGGCUGCUAUGAAAAUGUUAACGAAGCUUUGAUACCAGGUCCAUGGCGCUCCGUUCCCAACCGCUUCUUCUGUUUCUCACGCGCCUGAGCAAAACCAGGUACCUUUCACCAUACCUUUGCUCAUCAGUUUCAUUGUCUCAAUUUUCAACCUUGGAUACGGAGUUAAACACUCUAGGCCAUAAACCAUCUGUGAAUGAGCUCAAGGACCAAUCUAAUUUCGACGAAAGUUACGUUUUGAAUGAACUUUCUAAUUUGUUACCGUUCUCUGCUAACGCUGCUCCAACUGCCCAUCCGUAUAGAAACAAUCAAUCCAACAAGCUAGAAGAAAGUAAAGUGGUUGCUGAUCUUUUUUUGUUGCCGGAAGAGAAGUUGAGAGGGGUAUUUCUUCAAAAAUUAAAUGGAAAAUCAGCAAUUGAAAGUGCUCUAGCGAACACUGGCGUGGAUUUGAGCCUGGAUGUUGUUGCUAAAACACUGUACAGAGGGAACUUAGGAGGCGAAGCAAUGGUUAUCUUCUUCAAUUGGGCAAUCAAACAGCCAAUGAUACCCAAGGAUAUUCAUAGCUAUAACGUAAUUCUUAGGGCUCUGGGCAAAAAGAAAUUUAUUGAUUUUAUGCUGAAAAUGUUGCGUGACUUGAGGACAGAAGGUAUCACUGUUAACUUGGAGACCUUAUCAAUUGUAGCGGAUGGUUUAGUUAGGGCUCAACGAGUGUAUAAAGCAAUUCAAAUAUUUGGAAACAGAGAAGACUUUGGAUUUGGAUGUGAUACAGCCUUUAACGUGCUUUUACAGUGUUUGUGCAAGAGGUCACAUGUACGUGCUGCAAAUUCUUACUUCAAUGCAGUAAAGGGGAAGAUACCAUUUAAUGUUGCAACUUAUAAUACAAUAAUUGCUGGGUGGUCGAAAAUUGGUCAGGUUUGUCAGAUGAAGAAGAUUUUGGAGGCAAUGGUUGAAGAUGGUUUUACUCCUGAUUGUUCAACUUUUGAUUCCCUUCUUCAGGGUUUAGGAAGAGCUGGUAGGAUUGAAGAUGCUCUUAAGAUUUUUGACAAUUUGGUUGAGAAAGAUUAUGUGCUAGAAACAAGUGUUUACAAUGCAAUGAUUUCUAAUUUUAUUUCUGUUGGGGAUCUUGAUGAGGCUAUAAAAUAUUACAGGUGUUUGCUGAGUAAUAAUUGUGAUCCGGAUAUAGAUACUUAUACCAAACUGAUUUCUGCUUUUAUCAAAGCUCGAAAAGUGGCUGACGCACUUGAAAUGUUGGAUGAAAUGUUAGGUCAGGGAAUUGUACCUUCAACAGGGACUGUGACUUCUUUUAUUGAACCUCUUUGUAGCUUUGGUCCACCCCAUGCUGCAAUGAUGAUCUACAAGAGGGCAAGAAAAGCUGGCUGCAAAAUAUCACUUAGUGCCUACAAGCUAUUGCUGAUGCGACUUUCUAGAUUUGGAAAAUGUGGAAUGUUGUUAAAUAUAUGGGAGGAGAUGCAAGAAAGUGGUUAUUCAUCUGACAUGGAAGUUUAUGAGUAUAUCAUUAAUGGACUUUGCAACAUAGGGCAGCUUGAAAAUGCUGUACUUGUGAUGGAAGAAUCUUUGCACAAGGGCUUCUGCCCAAGCAGACUCAUCUACAGCAAACUAUAUAAUAAGCUACUUGCUUCAAAUAAAGUAGAGAGAGCAUACAAACUCUUUUUGAAGAUUAAAGCUGCUCGCAGCAAUGAAAAUGCACGGAGAUUUUGGCGCGCUAAUGGCUGGCAUUUUUGACAUGUGCAUUAGUGGCAAGUGCAAACAUGUGCUUUUUUGUGCUUGUCUUCCUUACAGCAGGUACUUAAUUUGCCUACAGGUUGAUGAUUCUGCUGGAGUUGCAUAGAGGCGGAAUAUGAGUACCGCUUAUUGGAUACAAUAGCUGAACAAAGCAAGGAAACAACAGUAGAUAUGCCUAGAGUCGCUGCCGGUGAAAUGGACUGUUCAAGUGCUCAUUGCAUUAAAGCUACAGCUAGCACACCCCACAAGCCAAAAUCAGAGAGAGAAUGUUGGAGUUUUCUCUGAGCAUGAAGCCGAAGACCAAUGCAGAUAUUUAUCAGGUUUUAUACCCGCUCACAGUCGCAAUGCUAAGGCAAUGAAUACAGUACCCAUAUCAAUACUUGAUUUUGCAGCAUCUCCCAUCGAAUCCAUUGGUGCAUGUUGCUGAGCAAAAUAUGCUGAGUAGAAAGCGAUGCUCCAGAAACAGUAUAUGGAUUUAGAAGGACCCGCAGAAUGAAGUGGCCUGUCAUUCUGAAGGAAAAGAAAUGCCAACUUGAGUAGACAAUAUGUAUAGCUAGGAACCAAGGUUGCUCUUUCUGAGAAUUGUGCCUAAACUGCAAGCUAUUCUCCUUGGACAACUUAAUCACACUCCGCCAAUCUUGCUUCUGAAUUGUGUUUGGAACUAGAGUUCAGACUGAAGCUCAGAAUGCAGCUAAGAAAGUGCAGCUAAGCUCAGAAAGUAGCAUAAACCUUAGCUGGACCAGUUUCAAAGGCCGGAUUCGUCUGGCUUCCUAUCAGCAAAGACUGUUUCAUCUGGUUCCUUUGUAAUUUUGAGCUAGCUUUUAGCAUAUUCACCAAGUCAAAACUCCAACAUUCACAGAGAUUAAUAAAAUUUGUUGACAGUUAUAUCUUUU